AUGGACGCAAGGGCGUUAUUGAGAGCUAAAAAAGCAGAAAGAGCUCCUGUGAGAUCAAAUAAGCGACAAGCUGAAUCUAGUUUGGAUGUACCACAAGUGGAGAAGAAAAGGAAAUCAGAAGUCGCUGAAAUACCAACGGAUUUCUUUGAUAAUAGCGCUAGUAAUGAGAAUGACGACCAUGAAGAACAGCAGGAGAAGAAUGAUGAUAAUACAGUCAGACAAACAGAAACAGAACCCGCAAAUGUAGAUAAUCAAGUAACACAUCAGAAAUCGAUAGAAGAAGAGCUAAUGGCUUUCGAUAAUGAAAUUUCACAAUUAGAUAGUCAACCAGCACCAUCGUAUAAUCCCUCGAUAUUUGCAAAUGCAACAAUCUCAGCUGAACCAGUUCUCAAUCCAUCUGCUACAGAAGAGGCCACGCCAGAAGGUACAAACACUCUCACUGGACGCGGCCAGAAAGUUAUCAGUGAAGAGCAGCGACAGGUAGAUGAAGAAGAGAAGCUAAAGCGAAUACAGGCAUAUGAGAACGAAGAUUACGCCCAGCGUCUAGAAGAAGAAGCCAGAGCACAGGAGGAAGCAGACGCACGAGUAACAGCGCUCAAGCAACGGAUGGAAGAAAUAAAAGCGCGUAGACGCAAGUGA